CAGCUCCCCAGUGCUUGUCGGUGACGGUCCGCACCAGGUGGACGGACCUAGAAUAGCUCCAGCACCCACUGAUCCGAAUGCCUCGGGGCCGCUUUGCAGCACUCGGGUGUAAUUACCGCAAAGCCGAGUGCGUAAUAGGUUUUCGGAAGGUCUUUGCUCAUAGAGUAAAUAUUUCUCACGUUAUAAAUGAGCGAAGCGUGCGCAGGCAGCGGAUCAAGACGCGUGCCAUUCAACCAACUACAACCGUACUGGGUUUUAAACGUCCUCCUUUAAGUGUUCGGACUUUUAGCCACAAUAUGGGACAGCAAGGAUCCAAAUCCUCCACAGAAGCGAGGGUGAUUUUCCAGUCCGUCGGCGCAGAUGGCGCCGAGGACGCCCCGUCAUCUCCGGCCUCAGUCGUCCGCCUUCGGAAGAAGGCGGUCAGUCAGCCCGUCUGUCUUCACUGCACCGUCCGAGAACCGGAGAAACCAGCGGCACAUUCUUGGUCCCCGAGCCGCCGCGACAACGACGGACUGGUGUACGUGAUGGACGAUCCAACCGGUGGCGUGUGGGUGAGGCCGGGGGAGAAAUGGAGCAGAUCUUGACCAGAAACAAGACCAUGAGAUGAAGUACAUGAAGCCUUUGAUUGAAAAAAGCCAGUCGCCAUCUGACUGAAAGCACUUAGUGGGCUGCACAUUCUGCACCCACGAAGCAAGAGGGGACGGACUAAUCACCGUAAUACAGAUGUAGUCUCUAACCUGAGACAUUGUUGAUUGAAAGGUGGCGUGAGGUCAACAGCGCCACGUGGCUCAAGAACAGGAUUAAUUUCCUGUUUCUUUGAUGGUGAGCCGUUUUUUUCUACUUUUACUGUUUCAAUGUGACGUGGACUGGAUCAAAUAAAUGACGGGAGUUUAGGUCGUGUCGCUCCGGAGAUCAUUUGGGUGCAGAUGCAGUGUGCCACAGUGUCACGGCAUAAAAUGCAUCCUUCCCGUGACUGACGAGCCUUCUUUUAUUUUUCCUGUCCUAUUAUUUGACUUUUUUGGUCUGGCAGCAGGAACGGACAUCAGCACCGAGUGUCUGAGGCACCGAACCCGGCGUCACUGUUUCCGUGUGUCCGUUUCAAUAAAUGCACAUUUUAAUACAUUUUUUCUUAUGAAGACCAACACUGGACCAGCGAGAAGCUGAAGUUUUUUUAUUUGGUUGGUGACUGUUUAUUUAUUUAUGUAUUGGUUGGUUGUAUUGUUUAUUUGACUUUAAAUAAACUGGUAUUUAAAAAUAUUAGGGACAAAAGCUUUAUUCCUGAUCCUCCUCGUUUUUGCCAAAAUGGGACUAUGCACUGUGUUCCCAUGCAAAUAACACUACUUUCUAAACUGAUGCAUGAAAAAUGAAAAGACAAUAAAACGUAACACCUGAUCCUGCAGUGACAAUGAAUAACUCUACGGGUCCAAACUUUGCUUCCCGUGUGACACCUUAUCGCUGAGCCGAGAGAUGUGGUAGAUAUGGGGCUAAUGGCUCAUCUAUUAAUGCCCGGGCAACGCACUGUGCAAAUACUGCGUGGAAAACACUCGUGUAAGUUAAAUAUCUGAAGACACAAAUUUAUGAGUGUCGCAUCAGUUCACGUUGUCAUGGGCCAGCGGGGAUCCACACAACCGGAGGUCCGAGUUCUCAUCCUGGGGCUGGACAACGCCGGCAAAUCAACGCUGCUUUACAGACUGAAACACAGGGCGAGCGCCUGCACCGUCCCCACGAUCGGCUUCAACGUGGAAAUGCUGGAGGCGAGGAGGAACAGGAAGCCCAUCGCUUUAACCCUGUGGGACGUCGGCGGCCAGGGGAAGAUGCGCGAGCACUGGCCCAGUUUCCACGCGGACACGGCCGCCGUGGUGUUCGUCGUGGACAGUUCCGACCGGGGGCGUCUGAACGAGGCGCGACGGGAGCUGGAAAACACGCUGAGGAGCGAGCAGCUGCGCGAGCGGCCGCUCGUUCUGCUCGCCAACAAGCAGGACGUGUGCGGCGCCCUGACCGUCACCGAGCUCAAGGACAAGUUCAACCUGAGGAAGAUCUGCUUCGACCGCGACUGGUUCGUGCAGCCCUGCUCUGCGUCGACGGGGUUCGGAGUGGAGGAGGCCUUCGGUCGAAUAGUCCAAAUGGUCAAACUCCCACGGGACACUACGGCGAUGAAGGACAACGUGAAGGAAACAGUGCAGUACAUCAGAGCGACAAUCAGGCGCUAAGCUUUAUUUAUAACAAAUGAGUUAUUGUAAUAAAACCAACUUUACGCCAAUAAUAAAUUACAUCUGCAGAGA